CUAACAGUUCUGUCUAGGAAGAAAAAGAAACUACAACCGAAACAUGGCAAGUUCUAAAUUUAGCUUGAUGAUCACCAUCUUAUUCAUCUGCACGUUAAGCUUAUCGUUCGGCUCGAUUUCUUGCAAGAACGAUUUCGUUACAAACCAAGCCGCUUUGUUCGUGUUCGGAGAUUCUCUGUUCGAAGCUGGAAACAACAACUACUUCGAUUCUCUCCCUGGCUUCCGGUCAAAUUACUGGCCGUAUGGUAAAACAACGUUUCAGUUUCCGACGGGACGGGUUUCCGAUGGACGAACAAUGAUAGAUUUUAUCGCUGAAGAUGCUUGGUUACCAUUGCUCCCACCAAAUCUACAGCCUGGUUACAGCAGCAGUCAACUAACCUACGGUCUUAAUUUCGCCACCACAGCCGCCGGAGUAUUUGCUGCAACUUUUCCUGGAGUGUCAAAAGACUUGGGAACGCAGCUAAGCAGCUUCAAGAACGCAACGCGAGUGUUGGGAUCCAAACUAGGAGAUGCAGAGGCGAGAAGAGUCAUCUCAAAAGCUGUUUAUCUCUUUCACAUCGGAGCAAAUGACUAUCAAUACCCUUUCUUUGCAAAUACCACAACUAUUACUACCACUACCAAAGAGAGAUUCGUUGAUUUCGUUAUUGGUAACACAACCAACGUCAUCGAGGAAUUGUAUAAAAUGGGAGCAAGGAAGUUCGGGUUCUUGACCUUAGGUCCAUACGGUUGUACACCAAGCAUGUCGAUAACUGACCCGACAAAGAUAGGAUCAUGUUUUGAACCGGUCUCGGAGCUGAUCAACCUCCAUAACCAAGAAUUCCCUAAAGUUUUGAGGCGUCUAGAGCGCCAACUAUCAGGAUUUAAAUACUCUCUUCACGACUUUCACACUUCCCUGCUCCAAAGAAUCAACAGUCCUUUAAGAUACGGUUUCAAGCAAGGGAAGAUGGCAUGCUGCGGAAGUGGACCGUUAAGGGGAGUCAAUACAUGUGGAUACCGAAAUGGACCGUCGCAAGGUUACCAGCUAUGCGAAAACGCUGAUGAUUACAUCUUCUUUGAUCCUUCUCAUUUGACGGAGAAGGCUCAUGGACAGAUCGCUGAGCUGAUAUGGAACGGAUCGCCUAAUGUCACUGCACCUUACAAUCUCAAAACAUUAUUUGGACUCUAGGCUUUUUUUAUAAUGUAAACUGUUUUAUUUUAUUUUAUUUUGUACUUGUGCAUGAAAAAUAAUAUGAGUUUUACACA